AUGCGUGCAGAAGCUCUUUCCGAUAUCUUGCCCUCUGUCCGCGAUGCGCGAGCGUCGCCGCCGCGCGAUACGGGACGCCCGUAUUCGCCCUCGGAUGGUGCGGCUUUGGAGCGCGUGGGUGUGCGCCGCAAGUGCCGUCAUGUCCGCUCCGCACGAAGGCGUCCGCCUGACCUGCAGAGACCGCAUCACUGGCAUCAUGCACCCCUCACGGCGUGCCUCGUUCACACAAUGGGGACCCUCGGGGAUGGUCAGGACGCUGCGGAACUCGAUGGUGAGUACCUCACUCGUGUCUGGAUGGCAGUAGACGGCUCACUGCGGCGAGAUUCGCCCGCUGUGACUGUGUUCGUUUGCGACCUGGACAUCCCGGGAGCGCGGACGUCACGGGAAGGCACGUCCCCGGCGGCGCCGUGGGAGAGGGGCGCGCUGUGGAGAUCGUCACCGGCGGGCCCACGGCGCGGCGAGAUGGACAGAGCGUCGUGGUUGCGAGAGGCAUGGGAUGGUUCGCGGGCCACGAGCAUCGGCCUCGUCCUGCAGCCGGGAAUCCCGCCUCGACGUCGUUUGCAGUCGACCGCGCGCCGCGUCGCGCUCCCGAGGCCGUCUGACACAACCCGAUCCUCCACCUGCUGCACGGCGCGCUCCCGACGGCGUCCGCGCCCUCGCACUCUCGACAGCCACCGGGCCGUGUCGCGUGUUCCGCGCGAGCACAAGGCGCGUGGGAGUCCCGCCGAGGUCGUCGCCGAGGGGGAAGCGGCAUGGAUUGAUGCGUAG